AUGAAGUUACUCUCAUAUAAUGUUAGGGGGCUGGGCGAUGGUGCCAAAAGAAGGAUGAUUAGGGAAGUUCUUUGUCAAAAUCAGGUUGAUUUGCUCUGUGUUCAGGAGACCAAGUCUCAGUCUGUUGAUCGUCGUGUUUGUGCUCAACUUUGGGGAGAUUCCGAAUUCAAUUGGAAAGCUAUUCAUGCUGUGAAUCGGGGAGGUGGCUUAUUAUGUGUUUGGAAACUUACAGCUUUUGUUUUGCAGGAUUAUGUUGAGGGACCUGGCUUCCUAGGUCUUAUUGGCUCUUGGAGCAACUCUCAACAGCAAUGUGUUAUUGUCAAUAUUAAUUCCUCAGGCUCUUUGGAGGACAAAUUGGUUACAUGGAAUGCUUUGAAAGUUUGGCGGAGGGAUUGCAAUAUUUUACCUUGGUGCAUUGCGGGAGACUUCAAUGCGGUCCGGUGUGCGGAGGAACGUCGUGGUAUUGCUGGGGUCCUUCAUUCACAGCGUAGAGACAUGGAGGAGUUUAAUUCGUUUAUCACUGAGAUGAACUGGAGGAUAUUCCUUUGGCAGGAAAGAAAUUCACUUGGUUUCGACCAAAUAAUCAAGCCCAAACAAUGUGAUAGUUGGGGGCCUAAACCCUUUCGGGUUCUGAACUGUUGGCUGGAGGAUCCUCGUUUGCCUGCUGUUGUUUCUAAGUCUUGGGAUGAGUAUAAGGUCCGUGGUUGGGGAGCAUUUAUCUUGAAGGAAAAAUUAAAGAAUCUGCGAUAUAAACUGAAGGAGUGGAAUUAUGGUGUUUUUGGAAACUUAAAACUGAGAAGGGAUGUUCUUGUUCAGCAGAUUAAUUCCCUAGAUGCAAAGCAAGUGGAGGGUGGAUUGUCUGAGGCGGAAAAAGUGCAGCACUCUGAAUUCUCUACUGAAUUCUGGAAUAGGAGAUCAAACUCAGUUGUGGGUUUGCUUAUUGAUGGGUUAUGGAGUGAGGAUCCUGAUCAGGUGAAAGCUGAGGUUCAGAGAUUUUUUACACAGAAAUUCAAAACAGAUUCAUGGUGUCGGCCAACAUUGGAUGGGGUUCAUUUUAAUUCUCUUUCUGAAGCUGAUAACCUUUCUCUAACUGCCCAGAUUUGUGAAGGAGAACUCAAGGAAGCUGUUUGGAGUUGUGGUGGAGAUAAAAGCCCGGGCCUGGACGGGUUCAACUUCAGGUUCAUUCAGAAAUUCUGGUGCUUCAUAAAGGACGAUUUCUUUAGGAUGGCUAAAGAAUUUUGGCGUCGUGGGGCUUGGCCUAAAAGGGUAAAUGCCUCUUUUAUUGCUCUCAUACCCAAGGUAAAUUCGCCCCAGAAUCUCAAUGAGUUCAGACCUAUCUCUCUUAUUAGCUGCAUGUACAAGGUCAUUUCGAAAGUACUAGCUAUCCGGUUGAAACCGGUUAUGGGGAGGCUAAUUGAUGAGCGUCAGUUUGCAUUUAUCGGGGGGCGUUCAAUGCUGGACAGUGUGGUGGUGGUCAACGAAAUUGUCCAUGAAGCAAAGACAAGGAAGCAACUGACAAUUAUUUUUAAGGUGGAUUACGAGAAGGCGUAUGACUCGGUUGAGUGGGGCUUUUUACUAUAUAUGCUUCAUCGCAUGAAUUUUCAUUCUAAAUGGAUUCUUUGGAUGAAAAGCUGUUUAGAAUCGGCUUCGGUGUCGGUUUUGGUUAAUGGUAGCCCGACUGGGGAAUUCAGAAUGGAACGGGGUUUGAGACAAGGAGACCCUUUGGCCCCUUUUCUCUUCUUGAUUGUGGCCGAAGGACUUAACAGAUUAUUUUUGAACUCUGUUCACUUGAGUUAUUUUUCAGGUUACAAGGUUGGUGGUAAAGCUAACUGCUUGGUGUCUCUUCUCCAGUUCGCAGAUGACACCAUCUUCUUGGGUGAAGCCUCUGUCCAAAAUGUGAUUGUGAUUAAAGCUGUCCUUCGCUAUUUUGAGAUGAUCUCUGGCCUCAAGGUGAAUUUUUACAAGAGUAAACUAGCUGGUUUAUCUAUUGCAGACUCUCUUGCAGGUCGGAUGCCUCCUUGUGUGAUUAAGAUCUGUACUAGGCUCAUGAGGAACUUUCUUUGGGGAGGAGUUGGGGAUGAUCGUAAGAUUGCAUGGGUUAAAUGGAGCUCAAUUUGCCAAUCAAAAAAAGCAGGUAGUGUAGGGAUUAAGGAUCUUGAGCUGUUCAACAGAGCUCUCCUUGGCAAAUGGGUCUGGCGUUGGCACAGGGAACCGUUUGCUUUGUGGUGUCGUGUGAUUCAAGCGAAAUACGGUGAUAACUCUGGCCAUAAAUUCUCAACUUGGUGGCGGGAUAUUCAUAGAGCUUGUAUUAUGGAUUCUUUGAAUUGGUUUGAGGAGGGGAGCAAAAAAUCUGUGCGAGGUGGUGAUGCAACAAAACUUUGGCAUGAGGAUUGGUUGGGUAAUGGUUGCCUUCGGGAGAAAUAUUUACGGCUGUAUAAUCUUUCAAAUCAGAGGUGGUCGCGGAUUAGUGAUUGUGGUGUUUGGGUUGACGGUCUGUGGGAUUGGAAGCUCCGGUGGAGGAGACCGUUACGGGGACGCGAACUGGCCUGGGAGCAGUCCCUUCUUCAAGAGCUUCGCUCAAUGUCUCUGCGUGAGGGUUGCCCUGAUUUGUGGUCGUGGGAGGUGGCCGCGGAUGGCAUUUAUUCUGUUAGUUCUGCGUACUCUUUUCUGCAGGAGCGCGAUCAGCCAGUGUUGGACCCGUGUUUUGCAGCUCUUUGGAAGUCCUUCUGUUCUUCAAGUGUAAAGGGCUUCGCUUGGAGACUUCUGCUGGAUCGAAUUCCGAGUAAAGAAAACCUUCUGAAGCGACACAUUCUUGUCUCUAUGGCUGAUGCUCAUUGCGUGUUAUGUCAGGAUCAAUUGGAGACUAGCUAUCAUUUGCUUUUCUCUUGCUCUUUCUCAGUGGGUGUUUGCCAAUCUUGUUUCUCUUGGUUGGAGGUUCCGUAUUUCUCUGCUGCAUCGGCCUGCGAGCACUUCCUUGCUUUUCGAAUUGGGAGAAGUGGUGCUCAACAGCGCAUGGCACAUACAGUUUGGAUGACCAUAGCUUGGUCUCUUUGGUUAUUAAGGAAUGAGGUGACAUUCAGGGAAGGGUCUGCAGAUGUUGAUUCAGUUCUGGAAUUGAUUAAGCGCCGGUCAUGGCAGUGGAUCAAUGCAAAUCUACCCCAAUUCCAGUAUUCUUUUGCUGUUUGGUCUUACUCUCCUCUUAAUUAUAUCCUAAGUAGUUAA